AUUUUCUUUAAAAGGAGGGACCAAAAGUGAAAGUAUUGAAACUUGUAAACGAGACUGAUAGACUUAACUUGGGGCAAAAGCUGCCCUAACCUCUCCCUCUCUAAAGCUUUAUAAUCAUCGAUCGAUUCCAACACGAUCUUCCUCCGUUCCGAAAAAAAUGACUCAGGAUGUUGAGAUGAAAGAACAGCAAGUCGUUGCAGCAGCUCCUUCGAAUUCUACGUCAUCCGCCACUCCUGUGUUACAGCAUUUGAAAGAAAUUGCUGCACUGAUUGAGACGGGAGCUUAUGCUCGUGAAGUUCGUCGGAUUUUGAGGGCGGUUAGGCUGACGAUUGCGUUGAGGAGGAAGUUGAAGGCUUCGGUUAUUUCUUCGUUCCUCGGUUUUGCUCUUGCUCCUGGAUCGGAAGCACACUCGCGGCUAACUUCAUAUCUCCCUAAGGAUGAUCAAAGUGAUAUGGAAGUGGAUACCGCAGCAUCUGCUACUCAAGCUACUGUGAAGCACUCGUCAGAGCUCGAGAUCUAUUGCUACUUGCUUGUGCUCAUAUUCCUCAUUGACCAGAAAAAGUACACUGAGGCUAAGGCUUGUUCUUCAGCAAGCAUUGCCCGUUUAAAGAACUUGAACAGGAGAACCAUUGAUGUUCUGGCUUCCAGGCUGUACUUCUAUUACUCUCUUAGCUAUGAACUUACUGAUGAUCUCGCUGAAAUCAGGGGUAAUCUUCUUGCUCUGCACCGGGUUGCUACAUUGCGUCAUGAUGAAUUAGGGCAGGAAACACUUCUCAACCUGCUGCUUCGCAACUACCUUCAUUACAAUCUGUAUGAUCAAGCUGAAAAGCUGAGGUCAAAGGCACCACGUUUUGAAGCUCAUUCGAAUCAGCAGUUUUGCCGGUACUUGUUUUACCUUGGGAAGAUAAGGACGAUACAGCUGGAGUAUACUGACGCGAAGGAAUCCCUUCUUCAAGCUGCUCGUAAAGCACCGGUAGCUGCUCUUGGUUUUAGAGUUCAAUGCAACAAGUGGGCUGUGAUUGUCCGCUUACUUCUUGGGGAGAUCCCCGAACGGACCGUUUUUAUGCAAAAAGGCAUGGAAAAGGCCUUGAGACCGUACUUUGAGCUGACUAACGCUGUUAGGAUCGGAGACCUAGAGCUGUUUAAAACAGUAGCAGAGAAAUUCUCCACUACUUUCAGCUCAGACAGGACUAACAAUUUGAUUGUGAGGCUGCGCCACAAUGUGAUAAGGACUGGGCUCCGCAACAUCAGCAUCUCCUACUCGCGUAUCUCCCUUGCUGACGUGGCAAAGAAGCUGAGACUGGACUCGCCUAACCCUGUGGCGGAUGCGGAGAGCAUUGUGUCAAAAGCAAUCCGUGAUGGCGCGAUUGAUGCAACACUAGAUCACGCAAACGGAUGGAUGGUAUCCAAGGAAACUGGUGACAUUUACUCGACAAAUGAGCCUCAGCAGGCGUUUAAUUCGAGAAUUGCUUUCUGCCUGAAUAUGCAUAAUGAGGCGGUCCGGGCCCUUCGGUUUCCUCCUAAUUCUCAUAAGGAAAAAGAAAGUGCUGAAAAGAGGAGAGAGAGGCAACAACAGGAACAAGAGCUUGCUAAGCAUAUUGCUGAGGAAGAUGAAGACGACUUUUAAUUCUAUCAAAUUAACAAGGUAAGCGCUUUUGCUUUGUGUUCUUGUCACCACUGUUUGAAUAUGUUAAAUCCAAAUUCUGGUAUUUGUGUUUCUUGUCAGACUCUUUCAGUUUGGAUGAAGUAGACUAUGUUUUUACUUGUUAUGUUCACCUUACUAGAAUAUGUUUUUUGUUGAUGUUUUUGUCACUA